AUGACAUCAAGCUCUAGUGACGACUAUCCGGGAGAUGCCGCAUAUGCAAAAAUAAGCUUGGUGGAUGAGAAUCAGCGACAGCUGGUCGACGCCCACGAGCUUAUGGAUCAGUAUACUGGCUUGAAACAGUUAUUUGACUUCGAGACGCGGUAUCAUGUUGGUGCUUACAGCGUUGAUUCCACCCUGAUUGUGGAUAUUGCCAAAUUCGUCGACGCAUGCUACCUGGUUUCAACCAAUCCUACGGCCGCGCCACAUGACGCCCUGUACCUUGCUAACGCUACUGAUAUCAGGGGAUCCCGCUAUGAGGCCAAAGGUUCGAACAUUCCACCCUCUGGUGGUAAGAUCUGGUGGAGCCUGCUGAAAGAUGAAAAUGUGAAGAGCUACGUGGCCCAAGUCUCCAAAGCCGAACAGAUGAAUCUCCAGGAAGCCCAGACUUCUGACCUGGGGGCUGGUGCAGAAAUCGCCCUGAAUGUCUUGAUGGCCGCAUCACUUGUACCUUAUGUUGGGCCCUUCCUAUCAACAGUGGGCAGUGCAGAAAUUGAAGGGCUGACAAAUGUCAAGGUGGACAGCUCUGCAGGGGAAGCAUAA